GCACCGUUGUGUGGUUCCGUCCCCUACCCCUACCCCUUCUUCCCAUUCAUGCGAGCUUCGUCUCUCUCUUCCCCCCUUCCUUACCCCAACCCCCUUCCCCCCCGGUCUGGGUGCCUACUGUUCCCCCCUGUAUACGGGAGAGAUCGGUCGCGGAUGCUGGGGGAUGUGGACGAAGGCGGGGGCUAGCUCGGUAACUUUUCUCUCCUAAGAUCAUCGAUUGAGCUCUCAAUUCGGUCUGUCUGUCUGUCAGCCCUACAGACGGACAGACAGCCUGUCAGGCCACGUCUAAAUUGGAAUUUUCGUACGAAGUUUAUCGGCCUUUUCUCUUGCGAGAUGUGCUUCAUUUCGCUCUUCUGAGAUCGACCGAGUCUUAAACUCCUCGUUUCUUCCCAUCCUUUUGCUGUCCCUCUGCUGGCUAGCGUCCCCCGGCUAGCUAGCUAGCGAGCAAGCGAGCUGGACGGACUCACACAUUCUCGAUAGUGUUUGUAGCUCUAGAUCCAUCGCUGAACUCCAUCGAUCUAUUUGUCGUCGAUCGUGUUCGGCUCGGGGCAGGCCCCGACGAGAGGUUCGUUGCGCGAGCGUGAAAGCGACAGAAAUGGAGAGGACUCGGAGGAUGAACAGGUAGCGAGUAUCGGAAGGAUCUAUUUUUAUGGUCCAGCGGACGAGGAGGAGGUGGAGGAGAGUAGUCAGUCCCCCGUGGUCAGUCAGUCAGUCAGGACUGGACCUCGUGCUCGGAAGUGGAUGAAAUUCAUGCUCAGCUGGUUUAGGUUUGCCCGAUAACGAAUGCUGAGAUAGAUAGAGAGAGUGCAGAGAUUGAAGAGUGUGAGUUCUUUUUGAGAAACCUGCAUCUCUGGAAUCCGGAUCUGUCACAGCAUUGCCCACCACUCGCAGCAGCUGUAGCUCCGUCUUAUUUUAAUUUAGGUUUGUGAUCGAGCGAGCGGAGCUUGGGGUCGACGACACAGGGCUGCAAAUUCGCCGGGCUCUGUGCACUGUGCUCGUCCCGCGUGCCGCACUUUCUUCCGCUGCUCACCCUCCCCCUCAUCCUCCUCCUCCUCUUCUUUGCCCUCGCCCUUGCGUCCCCGCCUUCUUUCUUUCCUCGGGCUCCGACGCUGAUGCACUUCUUGGACUGAGAGUCUGCGAGCCCGGAGAUCGUGACGAGGCCGUUUGGGGCAUUGAUUGAUUGAUUUUGCUUGGCGAUGAGCAGAUGAGAAUGGGCAGGGUCAGAAGUAGCAGCAGCAGUAGUAGGAUUAGGUGUUGGGCAUGAGCGUGGUAGUAAUGGCUUCGAUCGAAGCGAACGCGUUGGAUUUGUGGAUUGGUAGAAAGUAGGAGGAGGAGGAGGAGGAGGAGGAGGAAGUAGCAGCAGAUCAGGAGAUUUGGGUUUGCGAGUAGUGAAGAAGAAGUGAACUCGGGUCGCUGUGUUUGGGGAGAAUGGACGCCGACUGUGAUCAUCGAUCGCCGAUCAGUUGAUUGGAAAGAGGGAGGAUGGUAGCGAAGGCGAUCGAGAAGGGCUCGGCGAAAGGGAGAUAGGAGAGCAGAUUUGCUCGCGGGUUGCGAUCAGGGGCUGGAUUUUGGGGAAUGGCGUGCUAGUGCAGGCGGUCAGUGAGUGAGUGAAUCGAGCGGAUUCGUCGACGUCGAGAUUGAUUGUUGAUGCGUGGAGGAUAGAGGUGGAGCUAGGGAUUGAAGAUGGCGAAUGCGGAUGGAAAUUAUGGAUUUACGUCGAGAUCGAGGAAUGGGUCAUCGGAGGCAGGAGGAGCACCGAGCGGGCCGCACCAUGUCAGAUCGGCGUCGCAUGCGUCGGGGCUCACGCCGGCGCGCAGAACGCAGGGCUACGCGAAGAGCGCAGCAGCAGCUCGCCUGGCGCAGGUGAUGGCGUCGCACUCGGACGAUUACGACGAGGACGAGCUGCAGUUCGAGCGGCAGCCGAUGCCGUCCUACGGAGCGUCGAGGGAUUCCUCGCCGCGAGUGGUGAGGCCGCCCUUCGGAGGCCUGGGCUCGCGGGAUCCAUCUCCCCGAGUCGUGCGCCCAUUCAGCGACUCGAUUCCGGCGCCUCGAUUCACCGCCGUGCCCAUGGCGCGACUCCCGCAGCGCAGCACGAAAAUGCCGCCCUCGCUCCCUCCGACCUUGACCACGCGCACGAGCGAUGUCUCGAUCGAGUCGAUCUCCGACAUCCGCAGCAGCAAUCCCUUGCGCAGACCGUCGACGGAGUUGAAUCCCUCGACGCACCUCGAUGUACCCCGGGGCGACUCCUCGUCCUUGAGGAAUGGCAAUCGAGAGCCCGAGCGCCGCGAGGAGGCAGCGCUGCGGGACGAGAUCGAUUUGCUGGAGGAGGACAAGGAGAUUCUGAAGACCCGACUGACGGAGGCGGAGCAGAAAUUGGCGGAGCGCGACCUGAGAAUGAAGGAGCUCGAGAAGCAGGUGGCGAAUCUGGGCGAGGGCAUCUCCAUGGAAGCUCGAUUGCUGAGCAGAAAGGAGGCCGCCCUGCGCCAGCGCGAGGCCGCCCUCAAGGCCGCCAAGGAGCAGGUCAAGGACACGAAGGACGACGAGAUUGCAGCUCUGCGCCUCGAUGCCGACACGCUCAAGGCCGAGGCGCAGAGCGCAGCGGAGCGAGCCGAGGCUGCCGAGAAGGAGGUGCGUGGGCUGCGCAGUGUCACGCAUCGAAUGGUGCUCACGCAGGAGGAGAUGGAGGAGAUGGUGCUCAAGCGCUGCUGGCUCGCGCGCUACUGGGGCCUGGCAGCUCGCUAUGGUGUGCUCGCAGAAGUGGCCAGCUCGAAGCACGAGCACUGGUCGGCUCUGGCUCCUCUGCCUCUCGAGGUGGUGAUCUCUGCCGGCCACAGCGAGAGCACCAGCAGCACUCCUGGCCAUCGCAAGACGCCCUCGAUCCGAGAUCUGAACGACCUCACGAGCGGCGAGGGCAACAUCGAGGGCAUGCUGGCUGUGGAGAAGGGCCUUCGGGAGCUGGCCUCUCUGAAGGUGGAGCAAGCCGUCAUGCUGGCUAUGGCGGAGAAUCAGCAUCCCAACGGGACCGUGCGAGGUGAGCUGACUGCGGAGGAGGUGGAGGAUCUGCAAUUCAAGCAGGCCUGGUUGGUGUACUUCUGGCGCCGGGCCAAGAAUUAUAAGGUGGAGAAGGACAUAUCCGAGGAGAAAUUGACUUACUGGAGGACUCGCAGCAAUCAGGCCCCUUCCUCGCACGAUAUCGUGGAUGUGGAGCGAGGCCUGUUGGAAUUGCAGAAGCUGGGAAUCGAAGAGCAGCUGUGGGAAGCUUCUCGGAAGGAAAUUGCUGCACAAGCCUCCGGAAGGCUUGUAGACGAAGACUGAUAAAAUCGCCUUUCCUCCCCCCGGCAUUUUAUGAAAAGCUGUGUUGCACAUACCCCACAUAGCGGAUUGAUACGUGAUUAAAUUCAAUAAGUGCAGUAGAGAUAGAGCAUGUUCAAAACCUGAAUACGAGGAUUUUGCACCUUGGCAUGCCUCGAUCGAAAUCAGUUCACACUCCGUGGGUUUUUCUCGUUCUCAGAUGGCUGCUGUGAGUGGCACUCGGCUGGCCUGCAGGCUGUAGAAAGUGUCUACAGGCACGGAAAUGGAUUACGUCACAGAGGUGGGAUUGGAUGGGGACUGAAUGAGGUGCAAGCCCUUCCGAGUUCCGACUGACUUUUGAGGUUUUCUGAAGCCGAAAGAGCGAAUGCUGCUAGUAGGUGCAGGUGGGCCAACGUCUUGGAUUCAUGAGAGGGAGUUUCUCAGCUUGGAGAUCGAUCGGUUGUGCACAGCACCUCUGGGCGAAGCUUUCGGCACCUACCUGUGUCUGCGAGGAUGUAACUAGAUUCUUGGUCGAAUUAUGCGCUCACGAAGGAAGUAGGCCGAGAGCUUUUUGUUCUGCAUGCUUUGGAGGGGAAAUCUUUAAAGUGGCCGCAAUAUGUCGACACACCACAACGAGCCCUCGCAGGCCUCACGACGCUUCAGUCAUCACAGCUCUGUUCCGUAGGUGUGGUAGAUGACAGGGAGCGAUCUGUUGUUCCUACAGAUGGGAUAUCUUCUCGUUUCUGUAAUCUUAAUUGAAGCAAAAUGUCCAGAAGAAUGAGACAUUCGUUUUUUGAGAUAUGGAUUCCAGUCAACCUCUCUUCUUAAGACUUAGGCUCCACACCAGGGCCAGGAUACCAGCACCUUCUGUACUAUCGACUCCUGGCCCCAGGGAGUUCUGGAUGGACAUUUGAAGUGUCGAGCGCAGGUUCUACGAGGGACCUGUUCUGUGUCUUGUUUUCCACAUGGCGGCGAUGUACUAUUGUCCCGGACGCUAUGAUGAAAUUACUAGUUCUGCCACUUCCUGUUACGCACAUCCGGCGCUUGGCUUCCUGCGUGUAUGUUCAUUCAUUGUGACGUGGAAUACCACCCUGACAGGAUUGAGAGUGGAUGACGUAUGAUUCUGUUGAGGUGCCGAGGGGUGUAUGCGUAUUUGAAGAGUGCUGCGCACUUGUACCAUCGUCAAUAUUUGACACUACUAUCUGGACUGAAAAAACUUGUACCCCAUUCUGGUUAAAGCCUAUCGUGACCACAGGCAACAAUGUACAGACGAUCAAACCAGUUAUAUUAAUUAUUAAAAGACGUGCACUCAAGAUUUUGUGGUUCUUCCCUAGCUCACUGACUGAAAUGAGAACCUGCUUUGUUUUCUAUGGAAGUGAAAAG